AUGCUACUUCGAAGGAGCGACGAAUUCCACCUACGAAAAUGCACAGCUACAUGCGUUCGUCGACGCAAGUCCAGCGGCGGCCGGCUUUUGCUAUAUCUACGCGUGAUGAACUCCGCUGAUUCCGGAGUGUGUGUAUUGGUUGCAGCGAAGACGAAAGUGGCACCGUUAAAGCCCAUGUCCAUACCCAGGCUCGAACUGCAGGGUUGUGCACUCGGUGCGCGGAUGCUGAAGUUCGUCCAGGAAAACCAUACAAUUCCCAUCACGAAACGCUACUUGUGGACGGACAACACUACGGCGCUUUCCUGGAUCCGGGCGGAUCCACGCAACUAUCGACCGUUCGUUGCCCACAGAGUAGUUGAGAUUCUGGAGACUACCAGUGCGGAGGAGUGGAGAUACGUGCCUUCAGCAUCCAACCCGGCCGAUGAAGGGACCAAGUGGGGAAAAGGCCUAUAUUUCAGUACUGAUAGCAACUGGUUCUCGGGACCAGAAUUCCUGCAACACCCAGAAGACGCAUGGCCGAUUUCACCAGCGAUGCCCAGCAUCGAGACGGAGGAGAUACGAGCUUCUGUCCUGUUCCAUCUCGCGUACGAGCCCGUUAUCCAGUUCGGAAGGUUUUCCAAAUGGGAGAGAUUACAUCGCACCGUUGCCUACGUGCUGCGCUUUGUCAACAAUAUCAGCAGAGAGCGUAGCAAAAUAUCCGGUGAUUUGCAACAGGAGGAGUUCCAGGCAGCGGAAGCGGUGAUCAUGCAGCAGGUGCAGUGGCAAUCGUUUCCGGAUGAGAUGGUGAUCCUCACGAAAAAUAAAUCGGUGGCGCGAGGUGAUAUGCAACCGAUUCCGAAAAGCAGCUCCCUGUACAAACUUGUUCCAAGCCUGAACGAAAAUGGAGUCAUGCGGCAGACAGGACGUAUUGGGGCAGCCAAGCAAGCAUCCUACAAUCUGCGAUACCCGGUGAUCCUUCCCAAGAGAAGUGAGAUAACUUCGCUCGUGGUAGACCUGUUCCACCGGAAGUACAAACACGCGAACUCAGAGACCGUCGUCAACGAGAUUCGCCAGCAGUUUGAAAUUCCUAGUCUGCGAACACUAGUUCGAAGAUGCAGCCGUGAUUGUUGGUUCUGCAAACUUCGCCAAGCUCGACCGCACAUCCCUCCGAUGGGUCCACUACAUGCAAGUCGUCUCGAAGCCUUCAGCCGGCCGUUCAGCUUUAGUGGAUUGGACUAUUUCGGACCGGUGUUGGUGAAGCAAGGAAGAGCCAGCGUGAAGAGGUGGGUCGCCCUCUUCACCUGCCUCACGGUACGCGCGGUCCACCUUGAGGUCGUGAAUAGCCUGACGACUUCAUCCUGCAUUUCCGCUGUCAGAAGGUUCAUCGGCCGUCGAGGGGCACCCGUUGAGAUGUUUAGCGACAACGGGACUAACUUCCACGGCGCCGAACGACUACUUCGUCAACAAAUCGCUACGGGGCUCUCCGAAACCUUCACCAGUUCGCAGUGCAAAUGGAGCUUCAUUCCGCCUGGAGCCCCACACAUGGGCGGCGCCUGGGAAAGGAUGGUUCAGUCUGUGAAGGCUGCAAUGGGGGAUGCUUACGGGGAUGGGAAGCUUGAUGAGGAAGGACUUGGGACCUUAGUUGUGGAGGCAGAGAGUAUGGUUAACUCUAGGCCUCUAACGUACUUGCCGUUAGACUCUAAUGAAACGGAAGCUCUGACACCGAACCAUUUUCUGCUCGGGAGUUCAACUGGGGCAAAGGUACCGGGUAAAGGCAUACGACAUCAGCAGCGAAAGCUCCAAGAACUAUGGGUGGACAUCCAGGACCAGCUGGACAUCUUCUGGAAACGGUGGCUAAAAGAAUACCUGCCGGUCAUUCGCCGUCAGCCGAAGUGGUUCGAAGAAGCGGCGAAGGAGAUCACGGAAGGUGAUUUAGUUCUCAUCACCGAUGAAGGAAAGCGUAGCGAGUGGAUCAGAGGACGUGUAGAGCGAGCGAUUCGAGGAUCGGAUGGGCGUGUACGACAGGCGAUCAUGCGGACUGCCGGAGGACUCGUGCACAGACCGGUAACGAAGAUAGCCUUGCUGGACGUCAAAAAAGACCGUGCAGUCUUGGCCGAUGGCAAGAUGCACCCGGCGGAGGGUGUUGCCGCAAGUCUACCGAUCUACUACAUCCACGAUGGAUCUGGUCACCCGGUAUCUGAAAGCGACGCUUCAACGGAAACGUUACCCGCUGUCAGGGAGAAUGAUCGUGACGCAGACUCGAUCGAUCUGUCAAUCGACCAGAUCCGGCUGAAUCAUACGAUCGACCACAUUGAUCGCGGCGUUAAGUGGAGCGGAGUGAAUUUAUUAAAUUAA